GCAAUAUCAACUCUUGGGCGCAGGGUAACCGCAGCCACGACUCGUGUCCGGAGAAGUCUGGUCCAGAUCGCAAGUGCGGCGUUGCGCGUUAACGUUCCGCGACUGGGCCACGCAAUAUGAGGCUCCUUCUCGCCUGGUCACAGUCUCCACGGUCUGUCGAGGCCGGACAUAUAUUACCCCCGUUGCCCUCGGUGCCCGUGUCUGGGUUUCAGAAUGCAAGGUGUUGCCGAGCCUAAUGUUGAAGUCACGAUGCUGCCUCUCAAGCCCGCCACCGCCCCCGCGGGCCCCUUCGGCCUCGCGCGCUCGAAGAGAUACCACAUGAACACGAGACAGCUAGGACCGCUAUUGUCCUGGAACGCGACGGCAGUGUCGACAUCCUCUCCACCAGGCCGUCCCGAUAGCACAAAUACUGCAUAUAUCAGUGUGAUGAUCAAUUCUGGGCCGUUGGCCGCCGGACCCCAAGGGAACGGCACGUUGUUUCUCGCUGCCACUACGGGAGGCUGUUCGGCGGCGUGGGAGCCCCAAAGCGAGCUGCCCUAUGGCCGCACGUACGGUUGCGUGACCGGUGCUUCGACACCUUCUAGGCGCUCAACAUCCGCUGCGACAACGGUCUAUUCGUGGAUAUUUAAGAUUCUAUUAGAGGGUGGCGACGGUCCACAAUUGCCAACCAAGAAUUUCAUCGCCACGUUCACCUUCAUGGCCAAUAUGACGACGCCGGAUGGCGACAAGUAUCGCAAAGUGCUAGCUGGGACGCAGCAUUUUACAGUCGGUGAGAAUCUAGAAGGCGUUUGUGGCGCUAGCGGUGCGUGCUCGUGAAAUUUAAGGCCCGAAGACGCGCCAACAUUGGUCGAUCCUACACCGGUGGCCUGCGUAGGCACUUGCUGAUGGUAUGCAGUACGAAAUAAAAUAGCUGUCUUUUUAUAGGAUAUUUAUAGGA